UAAAGGGGCACUUUGCCACUUCAUAAUCUCAUCCCCCAGAAUUUUUACCACAAUCAUGUCUAUCCCAACGACUGAAAUCAUUAUUUUCGAGACUUCGGAGGAGUUUCGUAAGGACCCCUCAAUUUUGAGCCCUGGAUUCGACAUAGUUUCAAAGGUUGAUGGUGCCCAGAUGCCCGUCUACUGUGGGUUGCAGAUCGAGAACCCAACUACAGGCUAUCUUUUCCUCAACUGGGAUAGCUUGGCGCACCAUCAGGCGUUGAUUGAGUCCCCCUCGUACGGCUCUCUACUCGAAACUCUGAAACCCGCCUUUGGGGGCCCGAUGAAGAUGUACCAUGUCAUUUUCAAUGACCAUCCCAUCGCAUUCAAGCAGCCUGUCACGGAAGUCCUCCGCAUCACGCUCAAAGAUCCCAGCCAUCGUGCAGAGGUGUCUGAUAUCCUCAGUAAGAUCUCGGAUAUGACCAAGAAGAUGCUCGUGUUUGGGCCUACGCUGGAGAAUGAGAAUGAGAUCAUUCUUGUUGGCGGCUGGGAGAGCGUCGAGGUAGGCGUUGAUAUAAUCAUGAUUUGGGACGUACUGAUGCUGUUGUUGACCUCCAGGCUCAUUGGGAGACGGUUGCCAAUCCUGAACCGAAAGCUGCGGUCCAACGGCUAUUUGUUCUUGCCAACAAAGAACAUCUAUUCCACACUGCCUUGAGCCCCUACGCAGGAAACUAGCGUUUGACAGUUGCAGUCACCAAGGUCGAAUCCAAAGCAUUUGUAUAUUAGCUUGUAUAUUAUAAGCUUCUGCACCACAGAGCCCACAUGAUGGAACCCAGAGGAAUCUGAAACAACCAAAGUACGGCUUGACUGU